AGCAGAGGAAGAGGGCGUGCUCAGACAAACCCACAUGAAUGAAAAGUGCUCUGUCAUCAAGAGGGCACUUCCUACAGUGAGAGACCUGUGUUCUGCAGAGGUGAACCUGUCUGUUUAUAUUUUUGUUCAUCCAUUAAAAGGAGAGAAGCAGCAGUCCUCAUGUCAGGCCCUCAGAAGAACCGGGUCAUGACCCUUGAGGAGUGGGAGAACAUGUGGCAGCGAGGAAUGACAGGAUUCCACCAAUCCACUGUCUACAGGCUGCUUCAGAUCAACAUUGACAAAGUGUUAGCAGGACGCUCUGGAGUCAAGUUCUUCUUCCCUCUCUGUGGAAAAGCUGUAGAUAUGAAAUGGCUUGCAGACAUGGGUCACACUGUAGUUGGAGUGGAGAUAUCUGAAAAAGCCAUUCGUGAGUUUUUUGAAGAAAGUAAAAUGAGUUACAGUGAGGAGAAUGUACCAACCAUCCCUGGAGCAAAGGUUUUCAGGAACGCUGAGAAAACAGUGUCAAUCUAUCAAUGUGACAUCUACUGCUUCUCAAGUUCUCUUGAGGGUCAGUUUGGAGCCAUUUGGGACAGAGGAGCUCUCGUCGCCAUCAACCCAAAAGACAGAGACAAGUAUGCUGCUCUGUUGGUUUCACUGAUGGCUCCUGGCUGCAGAUUCCUUUUGGACACUCUAAUCUAUAAUCCUGAAAAAUAUUCCGGUCCUCCAUUCUUUGUACCUGAUGAACAAGUCCGUAGUCUGUUUGGGUCCUCUUGUGAUAUAGAGCCGUUACAAGAAGAGGACGCUUUAACCGAGGAUUUUAAAAACUGGGGUAUGGACUUCCUCAGAGAGAAAGUGCAUCUCUUAGUUCGUAAAAGCUAAUGAAGAAUAUUGCCUGCAUUGCCAGAGAAAUAUAAUUGUAUUUCUGUAGAUGUGCCAAUGGAUGUUUGAAAGUUGAACUGAAAAUAUGUACAGGUAGAAGUUUAUUAUUAUGGAGCCCCUGGUCCUGGAAGUAAAUUUCCCAUUCAUUUUUCUUAUAGACUUUCCGAUUAUUUAAAAAAAAAAAAAUUAAAAGUUUAAAAUCUUGCUCAGGGCUAACUAAUGACGGCAAAUCUGUUUCUAAACUUUUAUAGACUGUAUAACACUGAUCUUUGUUAUAAUGUUUCAUUGUCAAAAACAGACCUGGAGUUGUGUUUUGUUUCAUGUUUAACACACAAAUGUUCUUCUCUCAGACAGAAAACAAACAAGCAAGUGCUCCAUUUUUAAACUCCAUACAGCUUCACGAGAAUUUCUUUAUUUGUUUAUUUAUUUCAUUCAUAAAGUAUAAAAAGACAUCAGCAGUGUCACAACAUCAAACAUACAAGAAAAGGAGCAGAAAGAAGAGUCAUCUUAUGUUUUCUGCCCGCUUUUCCCUUCUCAAGACAAAACAACACCGACGGUUACUUUAAAACAUUUCAAAACUGUACAUUUCAGUUCAGGCACAAUUAUUAAUCAACUGCAAACAGAAAUCUUCACUAUUUUGCACAACAAUUUAGUUUCCUUUUUCUUACAUACACAUUGCAUUCGAUUUUAUGUGUUUUUAAAUGUAGAAAAAAAUCCCACACACUGUCUUACUCGCAAAUUGUGAGAUUUAUUAGGACAAACCGUGCAGCGUUUUAGGUACACUGUUUCUUUACGACCUGUCACCCUUGGGUGCUUGCCACACCCUAUUUAAAAAUGGCCACCUGAGCUCUCAUUUUGUUUGCCUGACAAAGGCCAAGUGCCGAAACACUGCACGGUUUGUCCAAAUAAAUCUCACAAUUUGCAAGUAAGACGGUGUGCGGGAUUUUUUUUCUAUGUUCUAGGGCUGCUCCCUCUCCUCCAACGUACCUGUCUCAAGUAAUUAAUAUGUGAAGUUCUCAUUUUUUUAUGUGUUUUUUAAUACUUGAUUCUUUUAUAUCUUUAUCAAGACUAUUUCAUAAAUUAACUCCUUUCACAGCGACGCUUUGCUCCAUAACCUUGGUUCUAAAUCUGGGUUCUUUAAACACGUAGCUUCCUUUUAAGUUGUAGUGGCUUGUUCUCGUCUCAAACAGUCUUUGAAUACUUACAGGUAAUACACUGGACUUUGCACUUCAACAAUAUCAUGCAUUUUCAAUGUUUUAAGUUGAAGUUAAGUUUAAGUUGAAGAAUCGUUUGGAUAAUUUCAGCCCUAUUGCCAAUCUUUACUGAACUUAAGGUGAAAAGUAGCCACAUGACAUCACAGUGGAGCAGAGCACUGGAGCUGUAGACAGAUAAUAAUGAUUAAUCAAACAUGUGAAUGAAACAAAACACAACCCUGGAUACAUGUUUGAUGUAACACAACACAGUUAAAAGCUCACAAGGAUCAAUGCUGUGAAAUAUAGGACCUUUAAAAGAUUUCACCGAAAAGUCACUGGGAUAAAUUAAUGGAAAAUAAUGUAUUUACAGAACCUGUGCAGGAUGGAUGGAACGUGUUUACUAUGUUCUUAUCUUUAAUUUAUGAUGAUGGAACAUGUAUCUUAGCAAUUUCAAUAAAUGUAUUUCUUAGAUUUUUGUGUAUAGUA